AAUCAGAAAACACAUAUCUGUACAUAUUAAUGACAUUGUAUAUGACUUGAUAUUCAUCAUAGAUUAAUACACAGUAUUUGUUUACUUUUUGUUCAAUAUAUACUGUAAACACGUUCGAGUGAUGUACAUUUGUUUUGUGAUAUAUCAUGAAGAGAAGAUUUAAAAUGUUAAUAUUGGUAUUUAGACAAAUGCUCUAAUAAUUCUCUGUAUUUUUAUCAACUAACUAAUCAUGGCUGAUGAAGAGGUAAUGAAAUUUGAAAUCACAGAUUAUGAUUUAGACAAUGAGUUCAACAUAAACCGUCCUACACGCAAGACUAGCAAAAAUCAACAGAUUUAUGGCAUCUGGGCGGAGGACAGCGGCGACGAAGAUGACGCCCCUGAACGGCCAAGGGCGGGCUUCGGAGGCCAGCGGGGGAAGGCACGCCACAACUACACUGCGCCGGUCAGCUUCGUGGCCGGCGGCGUGCAGCAGGCGGGCAAGAAGAGGAAACAGGAGGAGGAGGAGGCCAAGGACAGCGCCGGCGGCAAGGAGGACGCAGACGCAGACGCCGAGGGCUCGCGCUCCCGCUUCCCCUUCAGCAAGAAAGGCAUAAGGGACAACUCGCUGUUUCUCUCCAGUGAUGAGGAAGAUGAAGAUGAAGUUGCUUCACAGUCACAGCAGCAAAGUAAGAACAAACCUUUCACUUUCAUCACUGAAGAAAUUGCUGGCUUGCGUAAGAAAAAGAUCCCGUUGAAUCCAGUCUUAAUUAACCAAGGUGUCGGAGGUUGGGAAAAGCACACUAAAGGCAUUGGUGCCAAGCUUUUGUUACAGAUGGGUUUCCAGCCAGGAAAAGGUUUAGGAAGAGAAUUACAGGGUAUUCAAGCACCUGUAGAAGCACAUCUCAGGAAAGGGCGAGGAGCUAUUGGUGCGUAUGGCCCAGAGAAGGUUGCUAAAAUAACAGAUGUUAAAGGAGAUUCAGAUGAAGAGGAAGCUAAAGACUUUGUAGAGAAGCUGUCACAGUGGAGGAAGGCCGACAUAGGGAAUAAGAAGAAAGUGCGAUACGUGUACAAGAGUGUGGAUGAUGUUCUGGAACAGGGCAAGUUCCAGCCAGUCAGGAGGGACCACAGUCAGCUGAGCAAGGUAAAGGUGAUCGACAUGACGGGGCCGGAGCAGAGGGUCCUCAGCGGCUACCACGCCAUCUCUGGCCAGCAGAGGCCGACCGACGAGUGGGAGAUAAGGAAGGACAAGAAGUUCUCCAACUUCGCCCUCCCGGAACUGCUCCACAACAUCAACCUGCUGAUGGACAUGUGCGAGCAGGACAUCAUCCACAACGACCAGAAGCUGCGCUACUCGAGUGACCGCAUGGUGACCCUAGAGCACGAGGAGGCCAACCUGUCGACCAUGGUCAACCAGGAGAAGCAGCAUAUCAAGACGCUGGAGACGGUCCUUGACAUCGUCCAGGACAUGAUCAACUGCAGCACCAACGAGACAGAUCCACUUACGCUGGACAGUGCCGCCACAGCUUUCAAGGAACUGCAGACCAAGUACUACGAGGAGUACAGGCUGUUCGAGAUCGGAGACCUGGCGGUGACGCUGGUGGACCCGCUGAUAUGCGAGCAGCUGGUGCGCUGGAACCCGCUGCAGAGGCCAGAUGAGCCGCUGGCCUUGUUCAGGCAGUGGCAGGAGAUCCUGCAAGGCGACGACGCACACACCCUCUCGUCCCUGUCUGCGUCGCAGAGCCCCUACCACAAGCUGCUCUGGUCUGCCUGGAUGCCGAGCGUGAGGAUCGCAGUUGACACGUGGAACUGCAGGGUGAGCGAGCCGCUGGUGGACUUCCUGAAGGCGUGGGCGGCGUGGGUGCCCCCCUGGAUCCUGGACAACAUCCGGGAGCAGCUGGUGCUGCCCAAGUUGCAGCGGGAGGUGGAGGAGUGGAACCCCAUGACGGACACCGUGCCCAUCCACGCCUGGACGCACCCCUGGCUGUCCUUCCUCGGUAACCGCUUGGAAACGGUGGUGUUCCCGGUGAUACGGCACAAGCUGAGCAAGGCGCUCACCAGCUGGCACCCCUCGGAUCGCUCGGCUCGGCUGAUGCUGCUGCCCUGGCACAAGGUGUUCAUCAAGGGCGAGAUGGACGCCUUCCUGGUGAAGAACAUUGUUCCGAAACUGCAGCUGGCCCUGCAGGAGUUCGUUAUCAACCCUCACGAGCAGCACUUGGAUCAGUGGACGUGGGUGAUGGAGUGGGAAGACCUGUUGCCCGUGCACAUAUUCGCUUCGCUCCUCGAGAAGAACUUCUUCCCCAAGUGGCUGCAGAUCCUCACCCUGUGGCUCAGCCACGCCCCCAACUACGACGAGAUCACUAACUGGUACAUGGGCUGGAAGAAGAUGUUCUCGGAGAAGCUGUUGAUGCAGCCAGGCAUAAAAGAGCAGUUCCACAGGGCGCUGGAGCUGAUGAACAGGGCGGUGAGCUGCGGGGGUCAGGCCAUCUGCCAGCAGCCGGGCGCCAUAGAGUCGGUGUCCUACCUCACCAACAUAGAGCAGACGCAGCAGCAGGCCCACAUCAAAGAGCGCGAGUCUCGUCUGGAGCUCCUGGCCGAGGCGGUCCGCUCCGCCAGCCAGAUCCCGCAGGGCUUCCGGGAGCUGAUCCAGAAGCGCUGCGAGGAGCGGGGGCUGCUGUUUGUGCCGCUGCCCAACCGGUACCGCGAGGGCAAGCAGGUCUACCGCUGCGGCAAGAUACAGAUAUACAUAGACCGCAACGUGGUGUUCGCCAGCGACAACGGGACCACUUGGUUCCCCAAGUCCCUGGCCAAUGUCCUGGAUAUGGCCAUGUGAAGGCUUUACUAAAUGAUGUAUAUAUAACGUAUGAAUGUAAUACUUUCCUCACUUUUCUUACCUCCUUAAUAAAGGCAACAUUUUAUCAUA